GGUAAGGGAGGUAUCGCGGACGCCGCCCUCUCUAUACUGCCCCCCUAGGCGGCCACCUAGGUCGCCUUAAUGGACGCGCCGGCCCUGGUUGUGAUGUCACAAUUACAUUGCAUUUUGGGACAUAAAGGUGCUGGAGUGGACAUAUGAAGCCGACAUGCUCCCACAGUCGAAAUUGAGGGAUCGAUGGUAUAAGCUUUCCUUGUUCACCUGAUAAAGUAGAAUGCACUUUAAAAUAGCAGUGGGGGUGGGAACGUCGACAGUAAAGUCUACAAGUGUUUGUCUAAAAAUAAAGUGGAAUGCAGCUUAUUGGAGUUGGUAAGAGUCCAGUCCGGUUCUCUUCGGUAACAGGACUGAACACCUCAAGAGAAUGGCUUUGACCAAACUCCUAACCCUCUGCCUAAACUCAUUAAAACUCAGUUCUCUUGAGUAUUGUAGAACAAGCUUUACCCCAUCCAGACAUGAACUGCAUGAUUGAAAACUAACAGAUUCCACUUGUUUUUGGCUCUACAGAUCCUUCUAGUGGAAGAUGAUGCAACUGUGAGGAAGAUCACUGCAGCUGCUGACUGGCUCUUGCAGUGUCUUUCUCAAGUAGGAACUGCAGCUGAUAUAUCAUCUUUAUUGAAAGCAUUUCAAGUAUACUCCAAGGCAAUGCUGCUUCUUCACAACCUGGUGUCGGAAAGAAUUCAGGAAUUGCGUGACGACAAACAGCAGGAGCAUCUGAGGGCCUCUCUAGAAACCCUGAAGAAAUGUGUUUCCAUGCUUCACACUGCCAUGUACACGACCAUCAAACAUCCACACAGCGAGGAGGCCCAGGGCGCAAAGCAGUAUAUCUUAAACCAGGUGGAUUCAACUGUAAAUGGCAUCAUAACCACACUCAAGAGCAAAUGUGAACCAUGUCCUUCGGGCUCAUGUGGAUACUACACUGAAAUACGGAACAAGUUAAUAAGAUUGCUUUCUAACCAUAGUUCUGUUAAAGGUGGUGGUUUUGACAUUAUGCUUCAUGACUUAGUAUUCCACAGCAUGGCGGUAGCAAACACUUCUCAGAGGGAUAUUCAGUUUGAGGUUGCUGCACACACCAAACAAGUCCUUCAGGUCUGGUCUGAGAUGUCACAACAAAUGAAAAGCUAUGAUGACCAACAGCUAGCAAACACAUGUGCUUCCCUAUUGAAGCAAAUCCAUAAACUUGAUGAAGCCGUGGCAAAGGCAACACAGUUGCAAGUAAUGGACAUAUUUGUCAGCAGUUCAACUCCUGUUGAAGAGUUAAUACACACUUUGAGCAUCCAGGAUAAGCAAGAUGAGCUUGAUGUGGAGGCACUUCAGGUGCAGUUUGGAUCUUUUACAGCUCAUGCUGACAAGAUUUCAGAGGUGGCUAGCUUCAUCUCAGCUUUAGCAUGUGAUGAAAAGAGUCUUGAGGCUCUAGAGAACUCGAGGGGAUGCAUAAUGAGACUGAGACAAGCAAUUGCAACGCUCGUGCAAAAUCUUGAAGAAGGCAAGCUGAGUUCAAGUGAAGCUUUGGAAAAACUAAAAGAAGUCCAUCAGAGAUGGUCAGAGGAGAUAGAGCAACUUUUGCAUGCUUGUGGCAGCAUAAUAAACAUAAAAGAUUUUGUCUACCUUGCACUGCAGGAGAUGGAGAGCAACUGGAUAGGGUGCAUUGAGGCAUAUAAAAAUGAGAAUGGGCAGAUUCUCAAAAAACAGGCAAACUUGCUAAUUAGUCACAUGAGCUUGGUAAUCCAGCUUAUUAGAAGACACGUCAGUAUAAGUGACAAUCCAAUCUACCGAAAUGGACUCCUGGUUCUGAUAAAGCAAGCAGAAGGAUCUGCUGCCGAGGUGACAUGUUGUGUCACUGAUAUCUAUUCUAAUACCAGACUUAGCAGUGAGGCUUUCUCGAUGCUCUCUACUAGUGUCUCAACAGCCUUUAAACACUUUGACAUUCUACGUGAGGGACUGGAUGGUUUGCAGCAUCCACAUUUGCUUAGCCCACUCCGGGAAGGAGCCCGCCAAUCUGCUAGUCCUGCACCAUAUGCUAUCCCCAUUUCAGAAAACGCAAGAUCAACUGAAGUCUCGGAUAAAGCUGAAUCCGAGUUGUCCGUGCAAAGUUCCACAAAUGAAGAAAUAGCAUGCCAGUUCAACAAAGAUUUUGUAAAUCAGGAUGCUCAAAUAAUAAGCGAGCAUGAUGUGUCAAACUCCGAAGAAGCACAGACUACACCUGCCCUAGAAUCUAAAGCUGACAUACAUCUUCAUGAUAUUGAUUUGUUGCCACUUUUGUGUGAAGUUGUCUGCAUGACCAAAGGUAAAGAUGUAGAGGCUCUCAAUAUGGCCUGUAGUGGAGUUCUAGGACUUUCGAACAGCUAUGCGCAAGCCACAAGAGAAGCCGCCAGUGUCAUAAACACAGCUGAUAAUGAGGAAGUGGAAAGCUUGCGGUCCAAACUUGUGUCCUUGACACCCUUACUCAUCCAGACAGCACAGGAAACAGCCAUGAGUUCAGCCAUGAGUACAGAUAGUGUUUAUAAACACAGUACCCAAUUCUCUGACCUCAUCAAAAAUGCUCGUAAGAUACUGCUGCCAGUUGCAGGGAUGUGGUACCAUGCCAUUCAGGCAAUGUUUCAAAACUAUGUACCCACUAUGUUGGAAUCCAUCAAUCAAGAGCUCAAUGAGGUCAUGUGUUUGUGUGCUGAUGCGGUGCAACUUGUGACUUCAGCGGAUAUAAAAGUGAUGGGUGAGUGUCAUGAGAGUAUGAUGUCUUUGCAAAGCAAACUGCAAAAAUCUCAAACCAACACCAGGAAUCUUACAGACAUUGUGGGAUCAAGACCAACUCAGACUGAUGAGCUUGAUGGUCUCUGCAUGCUUUGGGCACUGUCUAUCCAAGUACUGUUGAACUCAUUUGAUAAGAUAGUUGGAAUUGCUACAAUUGAUGGUAAGACAUUCGCUCAUCAAAUGACACCAAAGAAAUGGUUGGCAGUAAUCUCUGAGAACUCCCUUCGUAUACAAGAAGCUGCAAGACUGUCUUGUUUGAACUGUCGAGACAGCUAUAAAGUAAAACUGCUAGGAGAACUACAGGAAGACGUAAAGACACUUACAGAUUCAUAUUUACAGGCUGCUGAAGAGGUUGGUACGGUGUCCAUCUCAAGUGUCCUGAUUCUGGCAAAGUCAGAGCUGCUUCAGAGACAACUUCAGGUUAAAAUGAAAGCACUGUCUUGCCUCUUGAGUAAAGUUAACCAAGAUUAUGGAAAAGCUAUUCGAAACACCAUUACUUUGGCAUGUUCUGUACAAGCAAAAUACAGUGACAUGGAAGCUGAAAAUACUCUGGCACAGUUCGAAAGUGCUGCAGAAUUGCUUAUGCAGAAUGUAAAGAGUGCCACAGAGUCCAUCGAAGACUGUUUCAACUUCAUUCGAGACCCAAAGGAGAGGUCCAAUCUGAGGUUUAUUAAUGACCACCUGACUUUUCAAAUGUCAGACAUUGUGAGUAGAGCCAGAUUAAUAGCAGAGACACAAACUCUUGGAGAUACUCUCACUCUUGAUAUUCAGUCACAGUGUUGGUCCAGCAAGGCGCAUUACCUUGUUGAAGAAAUCUGCAAAGUCGAUGGUAUUCUUGAAGUCACAAAAGAACAGAUCAAGUUUUGCUUGCAGGGCAAAGAGUUUGGUGGAUUUGUCAUGUCCCGACCACCAGCAAGUUUCACACAAAAGAAACCACUACGUCCUAUAUCCAUAAGUAAUCAAGAACCCACUAAAAGUAAACCAAGUGUCCAAGACGUGUCCAAUCAGGAACCAAACAAGGAAGAGACAUCCCCAAGAAGCCCAAGGCGUCCAGUGUAUACAUUGGUAGAUUCCACUCUCUCUUACACGUCUUUAUUUCUGAAGCGGGAGACUGAGAAGUGGGAUGACCAAGGUAACCAGAUAGUAAAAGUCACAAAAGAAAUGGCAGAUAAACUCUAUUACAUGGCUCAGUACCUAAAGAAGAAAGGGCCAAUACAGAGCAAAGAUGCUUUUGUUACAUCAGCGAAAGACCUCAUCUCAAGCGGUCAGUCGAUCACCCAGUUUGUGCGUGUCAUUGCAGACCACUGUUUAGACAAGCACUGCACAGAGGAACUAUGCGUCAUCGCAGAGCAGAUUCUUACCAUUUCCAACCAACUUACCAUCAUUUCAAGGUAA